UUAAAAGAAAUACUGUGAAAUGUAAAACGCAGUGCCGUGCAUGUGAGAUGGAUUUUUAACAUUUGUUGAUGGAUUUUGAUGAAGUAGCAUGAUUUAUGCUGAUGCUAAUGUCUGUUAGUGGUGUGUUUUGUGAUGACAACAUGUUGCCUUCUGCUAGCUUAGGUGAUGACUUUGCGCUGCUAACUGUAGCUAACUUUACUGUGGUAAAGUCGAUUGCUAAGGCACAGAUGCUUGAUUUAAAGAAAAACGAUGAAAUUUUAAAGGCAGUGCAGUGGAUGUGAGAUGGAUUUUUAAUAUUUAUUGAUGGAUUUUGAUUUGUACUUAUGCUAAUGUCCGUUAGCUGUGUAUUGUGUUUGAUGUUAGCCUUUUUAGCUUUUCAGGUAACUACAGCUAACUGUUGUGUGAUAAACUCGACGGCUAAUGUACAAGUGGUUGAGUUUAACAAAUAUUAAAUAGGCUAUAAGAUGUAACACAAUACAUGUGAUGUAUUUUAAGCAUUUAUUGAAGGUUUUUGGUCAAACAGGAUUCUUGCUGAUGCUAAUAGGAAGCAGUGUUAUUGAACACAGCUAUAUUUGACCUACAUUUAGUGGUUGUUCAUCAACUGUAGUCUGACUGUAAUGUGAUGUGUUGAUUGUUGUGAUGCUGUUCAGUCCUGCUGAGACUGAAAUUACAGAGUGUAUGUGUGUGUUUGUCUCUGUUUCUGUCAAUGUUAUUUAGCCCAGUUGGGGUGUAGGUUGAUUUGUGUAAUGUAUUUAAUUGUAUUUAACUCUUUAACUGCCAUUGACGGACAUUUCCGUCAUUCAUGACAGAACGCUUCACCGCCAAUGACGGAAUUUUCCGGCAAUCCGUGUUUACAGUUCUACGUGAUAGGGGGGCUUGUAAUGCACCUUGUGAACUAGUAAGUAAGUGGCGACAUAGAAUCAAGGGCUUUGUAUUUUCGCGCUCCUAGAUUGGAUGACAAUUCCACCGCGGAGCAGAAAGGAAGUGGAGGAAGCGUCUUGUCUGUCAACGAGUGGAAGUCAAAGUGAAUGUAAACAAAUGGGAUGCCCAUUCCCGCAAAGUUCACCCGAGAGGAGGCUUUGGAGCAGAUUUUUAACACGGAUCACUUUGUAGAUGAAGAGGAUUAUGAUGAAACUGGGUCGGAAAUUGAAGGAGACGAUGAAGAUGAGGACAACGGAGAUGAUGAUUUCAGCCAAUAUGACAGUGAAGACGAGUGGACGCCAAACGUUCGUGACGGAGGACGGAGUUUUUCUCAGGUGGCACUAUCUGAGUCAAGUUAGUCACAGCUCCCCCCCCUGUUCUCCACUUACUGCUGGCACAGGUGAAAGAGGUCGAACAGAGCAACGGAGCAUACAAUACAAGAGACGAGGAAGAGGUCCAUCAGCCACAUCUCAUGGGUCAAAGACCCGAUUCCUGUUCUCAGCGGCCAGAGAUGAAGAAGAGUUGAGUGAGUCCAGGGCCCAGCCCAGAUCUUCUCCCACCCGCUCACGUUCUCCACUCCCUGCUGGUGAAAGAGGUCGAACAGCUCAACGGGGCAGACAUCAGCCUCAGAGACGAGGAAGAGGUCGGACAACAGCCUCUCGUGGGCGUGGUGUGGCUGCUCACCAUAGGACAUCUCCAGCUCCUCAUCCCGAGUGGUGUGACACAAACUGGCAGCCAAAAAACAUUCCUUUUAAUGCAAAUCCGGGACCUGCAAGUAAAGCGGCUGCUCUUUAGUCUGAAAAUCCUGUUGAUUUUGUUGAGUUGUUCCUUUCUGAUGAGCUGAUCCAGAACAUUGUAAUUCAGACAAACUUGUAUGCACAACAGUACAUUGAAGCUGAGCAGCACGUUUCACCACAAGCUAGAUCCCAUGCAUGGAAACCUGUCAGUGUCAGAAAUGAAAAAGUUCCUAGGGCUCUUUUUUCUCACUGGUAUCAUUCGUAAGCCUGAGCUUGAGAUGUACUGGUCUACAGAUGAAAUGUUAGCUACCCCCUACUUCAACAAGGUCAUGUCUCGCAACCGGUUUCAGAUGAUUUUGAGAUUUCUUCAUUUCACUGAUAAUGAAGCAAGGCCAGACAAUAACACUGACAAUCUCUACAAAGUGCGGCCCGUCUUAGAUUACCUUGUGUCAAAAUUUAGGGAAAUGUAUCAGCCCAGUAAAAACAUUUGUAUUGAUGAGGGUAUGCUUUUGUGGCGUGGACGCCUAGUUUUCAGGGUGUACAACCCCCAAAAACCAAUCAAAUACGGCAUAAAAUCGUACAUCCUUUUGUGAUUCUAAAACAGGGUACUGCUUUAACUUGAAGCCUUAUCAUGGCGAAGCCUCUGCUCUUGGAGACAUGGUCGUCUCUCUUCUUGAUCGCUUAGCUGGUCAUGGCUACAAAUUAUUUAUGGAUAACUAUUACAAUUCCAUAUCAUUGUGUGAGCGCCUUCUUGAUCUGGACACCCACGUCUGUGGUACACUGAGGAAAAACAGAGGUGAACCACCAGUCAUCCAAAACAUGACCAAGGCAGACCUUCCGGUUGGGGAGAGUCAUGCAACACAAUGGUAAUGUGAUGGUACUGGCAUGGCAUGACAAAAACAUUGUAAAAAUGGCCACAACAUUCCAUCAGGACAACAUGGAGAAUGUCAGUGUAUGGCAGAGAGGCCACAAAGAUAAAGUACCAAAACAAAAGCCAGAGUGCAUUGUGGGAUACAACAGUGCAAUGAAUGGAGUGGAUAGAUUGGACCAAAAUAUCAUCUAUUAUCCAUUUGUGAGGAAGUCACACAAAUGGACAAGAAAAUUUGUAACUUAUCUCUUUGAGAUCAGUCUGUACAACUCAUUCAUAUUGUACAAGGCCAAGAACCCACAGGGAAAAUGCAGCACUUUUCUGGCUUUCAUUGAAAGCCUUGUGAAGUCAUGGACUAGCCAAAAGCCUGUGGUACAUGCUAGUCAAGAGGAAAAUGGGGCUGAGGGAGAAAGAGAUGUACCUCCACCUCAAAAAACUCCUAGAGCCCCAUAUAAGCAUGACUCAAGGAGCAGGCUGGACAACAGGUUUGCAGCUCAUGCUCUUGUCCAGAUCUUGCCAACACCCAAAAAGCAGCACCCAACCAGACGGUGCAGGGUAU